CGUACACAACCCUCCUCCUCCUCCUCUUCGCCAUCGCACUCACGACGCACAUUGAACGACAUUCAGACGAUACUGUCCUAGUCUGAUCGUCCAUGAGUAGCUUCUUCAACAGGUCUGGCAACCCGCCCGCGCAGCAGCCUGCACGAGGACAAUCCCCGUACUCAAGAGUACCAGACAGCUCACAAUAUUCGCUCCCUUCUGGUCCUCGCGGCGCCCCUCGCCCGCCACCAGCACGCUAUGACGACCCCGGUGCAUACGAGAAGCGGUCGUACGACCGAAAGCCUCCACCGAGCGUGGGCGGCGGAGGAACAUUUGGCGUCGAGGCGUGUCCGAGUAACGCUCUUGCGCUGACCAACUGCAUCAUCGUCCACCCUGCCGACUUUCCCAAUGGCGAGCACGUCCUUGUCAAGGGGCAGUACCCUCUAACAACACGCCACGACAACACCGGCACUCUUUCUCGCGGUACCAUCGGCGCCUCCGCCAUGCAGCGCCAAUGGAUCGGUCUCUCCGUCUCGGGCGACAGCGUCUCCGUCCAGCCUACCACCCCCGCCUUCCUACAGGAUAUCACCAUCGAAGUCGGCUUCCUCAAGCGCGGGCUCGAGAUCGCCGAGCAGUUCUCUGCGGACGACAUGGCGCGCUCCUUCGUGAACGCGUUCGGCAACGUCGUGUUUGCCGUCGGGGAGCUGCUCGUGUUCGAGUAUCACGGCCAGAACCUAAAGGCGACCGUCAAGUCCGUCACGCCGCUCGAGCUUGCGGACGAGCAGAGGAGGGGCGCCGCCGCCGCGCAGGGCGGCGCGGGGCAAGGAAUGGGGAUCGUGAUGGAGAAGACGGACGUGACGUUCAUGAAGGACCCCACGACCGCGAUCAAAAUCAAGUCGAGUGCCAAAAAGGCCGCGCCGAAUGCGAUCUUGGCGCCGAACUUCAAGUUCGCGGAUAUGGGCAUCGGUGGCCUCGACUCGGAGUUCAGCGCCAUCUUCCGUCGUGCCUUUGCGUCGCGCGUGUUCCCUCCCGGCCUUGUCGAGAAACUCGGUAUCCAGCACGUGAAGGUAGGUAUACUGCUGCACGGUCCUCCCGGAACGGGUAAGACGCUCAUGGCGCGUCAGAUCGGAAAAAUGCUGAACGCCCGCGAGCCCAAGAUCGUGAACGGCCCCGAAAUCUUGAACAAGUACGUCGGCGCGUCGGAAGAAAACAUUCGUAAGCUCUUCGCCGACGCCGAGAAGGAGUACAAAGAGAAAGGCGACGAGAGCGGACUGCAUAUCAUCAUCUUCGACGAACUCGAUGCCGUAUUCAAGCAGCGUGGGUCCACGAACAGCGGCACUGGUGUCGGGGACACCGUUGUGAACCAGCUGCUCUCCAAGAUGGACGGUGUCGACCAGCUGAACAACAUCCUCAUCAUCGGCAUGACGAAUCGGAUCGACAUGAUCGAUGAAGCGCUGCUCCGCCCCGGCCGCCUCGAGGUGCACAUGGAGAUCUCGCUCCCGGACGAGAAUGGGCGCGCGCAGAUCCUCAACAUCCACACUUCGAAGAUGCGCACGAACGGCGUGAUGGACGAGGACGUCGACCUCGCGGAGCUAGCCGCGCUCACGAAGAACUUCUCGGGCGCGGAGAUCGGCGGCCUGGUCAAGAGCGCGACGAGUUUCGCGUUCAAUAGGCACGUCAAGGUCGGCACUAUGGCGGGCAUCUCGCAGGACGUGGAGAACCUGAUGGUGAACCGCGCGGACUUCAUGAACGCGCUGGACGAGGUGCACCCCGCGUUCGGUGUGUCUGAGGAGGAGCUGCAGCAGGUCAUCCAGAACGGGAUCAUCCACUACGACACCGUCGUCGAGGAGCUCCUGCGCACAGGCCAGCUCUUCGUUGAGCAGGUGCGCACCUCGACACGCACGCCUCUCGUCAGCCUGUUGCUGCAUGGCCCGCCGGGGUCGGGCAAGACCGCGCUGGCGGCGACGAUUGCGCAGGCGUCGCAGUUUCCAUUCAUCAAGCUGAUCACGCCCGACAACAUGGUCGGGUUCUCCGAGCCGCAGAAGAUCCAGGCGAUCUCCAAAGUGUUCGCGGACAGCGCGAAGAGCCCGAUGAGCGUCGUCGUCGUCGAUAAUAUCGAACGGCUGCUAGACUGGACGCCCGUGGGCCCGCGGUUCUCUAAUUCCGUCCUGCAGACGCUCAUGGUCCUCAUGGGCAAGCGUCCUCCCAAGGGCCGCCGCCUCCUCGUGAUCGCGACGACCUCCCUCCGGCCGAUGCUCACCGACCUCGGGCUCGCCUCGUUCGACUCGGAGCUGCGCGUCCCACCGGUCACGCACCUGCGCGCGGUCGACCACGUCCUCAAGGCCGUCGACCUCUUCCCGACGCGCGAGGAGCGCAAGCGCGCGAUCCAGAUGCUGCAGCAGGCCGGGCUCGGCGACGGCGACGCGCUCGGGGACGUGGACGGCUACGGCGAGGAGGGCGCGAGCACGGGCGGGCGGCUGAACAUCGGCAUCAAGAAGCUGCUCAGCGUCGUCGAGAUGGCGCGGCAGGAGCCCGAGGCGGUCGCGGAGCGGCUGACGAGCGCGCUGAUGGGGCUUGGCAUGUAGUCGCCGCCUUUGUGGUGGCGUAGCGUUUGUUGUACGGACCAUGGCAGCUUGAGUUACGCGGAUGUAAGUACCUGUAGGAACUAGAUAUUAUUUAAUGCAUACACAC